UGAAGGCUGGCAUGCGCAGACAACCACUUGGAAGACGCAACGGAACAGUAUGUCCGUCCGACUCUCACAACUUCAGGCAACAAUGCGAUCCUAGACCUGUCUUUGCAGGCUGCAGUUUAGUGGGAAAAUGGCAGACUUGGCACUGCUGCGUGUUGGCAUUAACGUGGACAUUCAACGAACUGACGGUCGCAUACACUCUGCAGUCAUCAGUGGUAUAAACACAGAGACACGGAGUGCUACAGUCGAGUGGUUUGAGAAAGGAGAAACAAAAGGCAAAGAGAUUGAGGUGGAAGCCAUUUUUGCACUGAAUCCUCAGCUACUUCAGCAAGCUGACCUCAUUUCUCACAGAGAUGCCAACACAGCAAAAUAUCCCGAUGAAUCUGCAUAUGCAAAUGGUGAUAGAAGCCUAAUAGACGAUGAGGAGGAGGAAGAGGAUGAACCCAUUAGCAUCACAGACAGUUGUUAUACUGAUGAAGGGGAGGCUGCUCCUCCAGCCAAACCCAGGAGUCGCCCAUCAUCUUCUCAGGCCCAAGCAGGCCGUCGCAGUCAGCAGCCAGUUCGAAGGGUGGUUAAGAGUAACAAAAGUGUGUCCAGCAACAUAAGUGGGGGGGAAAAUGGAAGGCCUCCAAAUAAAGUGCAAUCAGCAAGAGCUCGCCCAAGUUAUGUGCGUCCUCAGCCACCGAAGGAACAGAAUGGUCAGGCAGAACCUCCACCACCAAAUGAACCAAAGAAGUCUGUGAUACCAAUAGUUGCUGGUUCCCGUCGCAAAUCCAAUGUCGUUAAGGAAAUUGAAAAGAUCAAACAAAAGCGAGAUGAGCGGCGGGCUGUGCACCAAGCUAUCCGUGAACAAGCUGAAUCGGAAUAUGACACCUCAGAUCCCAACUGGGAGUUCAAAGCAAUGAUCAAAGAAUUCCGCAGUCAGUUGGAUUAUCGGCCUCUCACAGCCUCUGAUCCUAUAGAAAACCAUCAAAUUUGUGUCUGUGUGAGAAAACGACCCAUGAACAAGAAAGAACUAUCAAGAGGGGAGCCUGAUGUCCUAACGGUGCCUAACAAGGACAACGUCAUGGUGCAUGAACCCAAGCUAAAGGUGGACCUUACAAAGUAUCUAGAGAACCAGACAUUCCGCUUCGACUAUGCCUUUGAUGAGAAUGCAACUAACGAAAUGGUCUAUCGGUAUACAGCAAAGCCUCUAGUAGAAAGUAUAUUUGAGGGGGGCAUGGCAACAUGCUUUGCUUAUGGACAGACAGGAAGUGGAAAGACACAUACAAUGGGAGGUGAUUUCACACUCAAAGGACAGCAAGACUGUGCCAAGGGUAUUUAUUGUUUAGCAGCCAAGGAUGUGUUUCGGCUGCUGCAUUCCAAGUAUAAGAAGCUAGAUCUAGUGGUAGGAGCAAGUUUCUUCGAGAUCUACAGUGGCAAAGUCUUUGACCUUCUCAACAAGAAGCUGCGCUUGCGGGUACUGGAGGACCACAAACAGCAGGUACAAGUAGUAGGGCUGCGAGAAGAGCCUGUGGACAGUGUGGAGGACGUGUUGCAGCUUAUACAGCAUGGCAACAAUGUCAGAACAUCAGGUCAAACCUCUGCUAAUCAACAUUCUUCUCGAUCUCAUGCAGUAUUUCAACUGAUUCUUCGCACAAGGCAAAGAAGUAAGAUUCACGGAAAGUUCUCGCUUAUUGACUUAGCAGGUAAUGAGCGAGGUGUGGACACAUCCAGUUCAGACCGACAGACACGGAUGGAGGGAGCAGAGAUAAACAAAAGUUUGCUGGCUCUUAAGGAAUGCAUCCGUGCACUAGGCCGUAAUGGUGCCCACCUGCCAUUCCGUGCCAGCAAAUUAACCCAGGUUCUGAGGGACUCAUUCAUUGGAGACAAGUCUCGCACAUGCAUGAUUGCAAUGGUGUCACCAGGAAUGAACUGCUGUGAGCACACACUUAACACACUGCGCUAUGCUGACCGAGUAAAGGAACUUGGACCAAGUAAGCCAUCAGAUUUGGCACUACCUCCAGUUUCGGCCCUAGGAACUUUGUCACCACAGAACUCAGACCUGGCUCUUCUCAAGACCUCAAAUCAAGAGGAAGUAAGCGAGGAGCUGCUGACAUUUCACCAAGUGAUGAACAAAAUGCAGGAGAUGGAGGAGGAGGUUCAGGAUGAUCACAAAUCCAUGGUAGAGAUAAGUGCCAAGUGGCUUGUUGAAGACAAGCGGCUAUUAAAAAUCACAGAAGAUGUGGAUUAUGAUGUUGAGGCUUAUGCCAAACAGUUGGAUGCACUUCUAGCCAAGAAAAUUCAAGCAUUGACUGCUUUAAGAGACAAAGUGGCCACAUUCCGUGUAGAACUGCAGGAAGAAGAGAACCUUAGUAAAAACAUCAAAUCCAAACGUCCCCCAAACAAAUGAAGCAGAAGUGUGUAGACUGAGUGUACUGUUAGCUGCAGCAGCUCCAAGCAAUUGCCUUCUCUUCCAUCAGUGGAUUUCUCAUUUAGCAUAAAAAAAAGCUUUGGGGUUUUAAUUACUGGAAGAGGGGGGAAAAAGUCAUCCCAUCAGAGAAACUCAUUCAUGCUAUUGCUGCUGCUUCAAAAUAAUUAACCCAGGUGAAGAUUCAUGCCAGAGGAAGGCUAGGUGGUUGUAUACACAUUUGUUGUGUUUGUUGAGCUGGUUUGCCACUCUGAAUCUCAUGCUGUCACCUUGCACUAAUGGCAGAUUGCAAGGUGGACUGUAUUCACAAUCAUUAUGCAUGCUUGCUUUCUUGGGCCGCAAGGUGAACAGAGGAAUGAUGCCACACACAAUCACACUGGUAUAUUGUGUAGGGAUCAGCUCAGGCAGGACUUCUUAUGGGAGACAAUUGCUUUAACUGGUAUGCUUCAAAGCUUUUGCUAAGCAUCAUUUGUAUUGCCAUGAUUUUUUCCUCCGUUUUGUGAAGACUAGGAUAUUUAAAGUAAAAAGUGAACAAAACUGAACAUAGUAACAAUUACUAAAUGCUUCAAGAUAGACUUCGCCAUUGACCAACACUGAACACUGGAUGCUGUGUAUGUUGGCAUCUGUGAUUAAUGUGAUGUGUAUGUGCAACAACAAAUAUAGAGCACAAAGUGUUGACUGUAUUGUUUUGGCUUCAGCUUGGUGUAAGAAUUGUUUGCAUAGACUGUGUGCAUGAUUGUUCUGUUAGAAAUACAAAAUUGAUUUUGUAAUGUUUGUAAUUUGAUUGGCAGUUAAUUGCCCCAAAAGCCAGUAAAACUGCAGUUUGACUUUAGCCAUCAAACUUUUGGUCACAUCAGAUCUUAGUUCAGUUGAACAUGCUUAAUCCUCCUCAUUGUACAUAAAACAUCCACUAGCGUCCUUCAUUUGUGGUUGUCAGCAGCAUAUUUAGCCUUCAUCCUGUGUAAAACAUCCACUAGCAUCCUCCGUGUGUGGCUGUCAGCAGCAUGUUUAGUCCUUGUAGGUAAAACAUCCACUAGUGUCCUCCAUUUAUGCCCAUUUAUUGAGUUUUAUCAUGGCAGUUUCUGCUCCUUCAGUUCUGUCCCCAUGGAUCUUCGCCAAGUUUCUUUUGAUCGGCCACAUCUUCUGUUACCAUCAGCUGUCCAAUGAAGAGCUAUUUUGGGUGGUGGAUCUGUUUUCAUUCUGCUCAGAUAUCCUAGCCAUCUCCAUCUUUGCCUUUGGAUUAUGGUUGCCAUACUUGUGCAGCUGGAUUUUAUGAGAAUUUUCUUGCCUAUCCAUCUCUGAGGAUUUCCUUGUUAGUGAUUAUGUUUUGAUUUUUCUGGGACAUCAGUUUUGGCCUGAUUCUGCUGAUAUUUUCCAGCAGUCAUUCCCUUAGAGUACAGCCAGAAGGCUAUUGCUUUUGUAGAUUGCUGAUCUCACUUAGGUAAAGAAGUUAAAGAUGGCAGAGAAAGACAGCCUGAAGAGUGAAACUUUAGAUAAAAGACAGUUGGCACUGCUUCUCCCCCUACCUGCUUUACUGGCUUGCUUCAGCAGAUGUUGACCAUUACCACCUUUUGUUAACUGAAUGAAAUUAUCAGACUUAAAAGAAAUUCUUUAGUGCCAUGUAUAACGCAGUCCAGGUCUGAGCACCUCAAUAGGCACGGUUGCAUGUCAGGCUAUUAAUGGCUGGCUGCUGCUUGUACUGAACUUUUUAAUGUUUGGCAGUUCAGCCUGCAUGUGACAUUUUUUGGAGAAGAAGCAUACAAGUUUAUGCAUUUGAGAUAGUAACAUCAUGUUCUGCCUUCCCAUGUUCUCCUUUUGUGUUUUUCUUUCAACAGGUUUUUUUUUUUUUCAUUGCUCUCUAUGUCAAAGCAAAAUUACUAGGGAAUAAGACACAUAGAAGAUGAAGACUGUCAUUGGUGUCGGACUUUUUUUUUGAAUUAGUAUCUCACAUCAAUUGCCAUGUUAUAUAAUGAAGCAGGAUUUUUCACUUGUUGGAUAUGCAUAUGAACCAGUACAAAGCAUUAUUUUUUAGUGACUAAAAGUUUGCAUUGAGGACAAUACACUCCAUGUGAUUUAAAUUCUGUUGUCGGACAAAAUCUAGUAAAUUACUGGAAAAUAGCAACAAGCCUCGAUACCCGACACUGAGGAUUGUGCAAGGUGUAGGUGACAAUAAAUGCAUGCUGUUGUUAGCUGACUCUCACCCAGAGAGAUCAUUGGCAACUCCAUUCCAGGUCCAAUGAACACCAUUCUAUGCAUUUGAAGGAAAACUUCAAGCUCAAGUGUUAGUGCAUUGUGAACCAAAAAAUUGUGAUGUUGUGAAAGUUGUAAACUGUAGUAAAAAGAUAUUGAAAAGAAAUCUUGGGGAUAGUUACAUUGCUGCAAAGUAAGCUAGAAAACAACAAAGCCUCCGUAUAGGGCCCAAGCUGUUGGUGAUACUAGGCCAUCAGUGACCAGCUCGCUGUCAGCAUUGCUGUUGCAGAUUUUAUGAUGUACAGUGCAAUCUGUGAUAUUUUUGCCCUGUGUGCUGUUUUUGUUACAUUUGCUUUGCAUUUUCAACCUGAAGGCUUCCUAUUUAGCCGAGUAUGAUUAGAGUCAACUGUCCAUUUGUCUAGAAACAAAACUUUCAUUUUAUUAAUUUGUCUGCUGUACGUCAAUUUCCAAGCUAGGGCUAAGAUAACGGGCUGUUUAUACUAAAAGCGUGCUAUAAGAUGAAAGCUAAACAUCUGUGGAAGUGAGGAGUCUGUGGCAGAAUGCUGGGUGAAGGAUAAGAUUUUCAGAGGUGAUGUUUGAGUGACAAUGAUGCAGUUUCGGCAGAAAGGAUUGUACUUGCUGCACAAGUUGUUAUGCAGAUUGAGGCAGGUUGUUUGCAUGCAUGUGCAUGAUGUAAAUCACUCAGGACAGUAUUAUGCAUGCACUGGAGCAGUUGAUGGUCAUCUUGGUAAUUCAGUACUAAGAAUGAACAAAGUUGUGGCUAUUUCACUGUGGAAUCGAUUAAGUGUUGUGCAAGCAGCCCAUACAGUCUGGAAUGAACAUCUUGUUAAAUUCUGUAAUUUUUGCAUUUGUUCUGCAGACGGCUAUCUUGUCACCGGGUGUCAGUAUUUUAAUGUUUAGAGGUUAAACCAGUUUUGUAUGUGUGUGUGAAGGUCCUGUUUGAGGCAUGUAUAGUCUUUAGUCAUUUAGCAGAUUACAUAAUCAGAGCAGAAGGCAUGCUCAGGCAGUGACUGGGAGUUUCCUGGGUUUGCCCAACACUUAGGAAAGGUAAAGAAAGGAAGAAGUUUAGACUUUGCCUUUCAUAUGACCUGUGUAGACAUUGUGAACCACUAAGUUUACUGUUCUCAGGACCUUCUUAACUGACAUUGAAUCACUCUAGUUCCAAAGUUCCUUGGUUUUAAUAGUUUAUUGUAAAGUGUGUAUGUUGUGUCUGUAGAAACAAAGCCCGGGGAAGCAUUUUAAUCAAGGCACCUUGUCCAGGAAACUGUCUUACAGUGCACAUUAUAUAUAGCUAUAAAUCAAGCAUUGUCAUCUGUCAUCAGCUAGUAUUUACAUUUGUUUAUAUUUUAACUAGAUCUGUAUUCCAAAAUCUAGGUUGUCAGAGUUGACCGUCAGGAUCAACAACAAUAUUGAACAAUGAAAUUUCUUAGGAGGUUGUGAUCUUGACAUUGUUAAACCCAUUCAUUUAGAUGGUUUGUCCAAGGUUUUGGAAAAGAGUGUAGACCAAAGUUCUAAAGA